CUCCGUCUGGGCGGUCGGUGCUGCGCCGUGCCAGGGAAACGUCCAGGAGAAGAUGCGUUGAGGCAAGCGGAUAUUCUCAAGCAGCCGUGUCUAAUUGGUGUGAUUCAUGUCCCUGUUGUGGCUGAAACCUAUUCAGAGCCAGGGAGAAGGAAAGCGAAGAGAGAGUGAGGACGAGAUUCGCGCAGAGAUCUGCACGCAGGAGUCUUUGGAAAUGAAGGAAUUAUAAACAGGGCAAAAAGAGGAGGGACGCACGCCAGAGGGUCAAAGUUUCUUGUGCAGUAGUGUUUUUUUUUCUUCUUUUCGGUGGACAUCACUGUGCCUCAGAUUGACGCCGUGAUGGAAUGACACUUGGAUAGAGGAUGAUAGACACUUUGGCACCGGAGCUCCUGCUCAGAAAUCCUCCCGUUUACAGCAGGCAGGGUGCUGACCGAGCCCCCAGGACGGUGAUCAGUCAUUUGUUUUGAAGUGGCAGGAAGAUCCUCCUCUUGAUCGUUUUCUCCCCCCCUCUGUAGCCAAACACGAGUGAGGGAUGGUGCGCGCAGCGAUUCCUCAGAGACUGACGUGCGUACUCAUCACGUUCCCGUUAAGGAGCGCAUCUUAAAGAGCUCCAUUCUUCAUUCUUGUUCAUUCUGCUACUCUGAACUUGUUGAACGGCGUUAACGAGCAGUGGGAAAGGGAGUAGAGGCGCAUUCAAGAAAUCGCCAGAUCACAACGCAGGACGAGGGCCAUGAUUGACAGCCAGGCAAGCUGAGGAGACCUGUCACUCAUCUUCCUAUCAGCGUGUCAGAGGGCUAUCUCCUUUUCGCCUCCCCCCUCUUCCUCCUCCUCCUCCUCCUCCACUGUCCUCCUCCCUCCCUCGAUCAUCUCCUCUUAUCUUCUCAAUGGGCUGGUAACCUCACUGUCCCUCAAAGUUAUCCACCACUCCAGAAACCCGAAAGAGACAGAAAUAGUAAAUAAACACAACAAGACUUCUAAACCAACCCUCGCUCCACCUGAGGGGAGUUUGGCAUGCCUCCUAACUCCAGUUGAGUGAGUUGUAGUAAGUGAAAGUAGGAGAGGGAUCCCUUGUUUGCGCACCGUCAGAAGGAGAUACGGCUCCUUGAGAAGGAGCUGAAAGAGGACCAGUCAUGCAUUUCCAUUUUGCGUUGAUGCUGCAGGCGCUGUGGACCGGUGUUUGCCAGGCGGCCAUGCAGCACUACCCUGCAGCAUGGGGUCACUACGAUGUGUGCAAGUCCCAAAUUUACUCAGACGAAGGCUUAACCUGGGACUACAUGGCCUGCCAGCCAGAGGCAGCAGACAUGACCCAGUACUUGAAGGUUACUCUGGAUCCCCCCAACAUCACCUGUGGAGACCCUCCAGAGACAUACUGUGCCCUGGAGAACCCCUACAUGUGUAAUAAUGAAUGUGAUGCCAGCACAGAGGAACUCGCCCACCCCCCAGAGCUGAUGUUCGAUAUAGAGGGCCGUAACCCCACAACCUUCUGGCAGUCCACAUCUUGGAAGAAGUAUCCAAAGGCCCUCCUGGUCAACAUCACGCUAUCUUGGAACAAGACCAUUGAGCUGACCGACGAUAUCAUUCUCACCUUUGAGUCAGGCCGGCCUGAACAGAUGGUCCUGGAAAAGUCGCUGGAUUAUGGACGAACCUGGCAGCCCUACCAGUUCUAUGCCACUGACUGCCUGGACGCCUUCACUAUGGAACCCAAGACGGUGCAGGACCUGACUCAGCAUACUCUGCUGGACAUCAUCUGCACUGAGGACUACUCACGAGGUUAUGUGUGGAAGUAUGAUAAAACAGUGCGCUUUGAGAUCAAGGACCGCUUUGCGUUGUUUGCUGGGCCCCGGCUGCACAACAUGGCUUCACUUUAUGGCCAACUAGACACUACCAAGAACCUAAGGGACUUCUUUACCAUCACAGACCUGAGAGUCCGCCUGCUCCGACCUGCUACAGGAGCUACAAUGGUGGAUGAGAACAACCUGUCCAGAUACUUUUAUGCCAUCUCUGACAUCAAAGUCCAGGGCAGGUGCAAGUGCAACCUUCACGCCAACAGCUGUGUGUAUGACAAAGAGAAGUUGAGCUGCGAGUGUGAACACAACACCACUGGGCCUGACUGUGGCCGCUGUAAGAAGAAUUACCAGGGGCGAGCGUGGAGUGCUGGCUCCUACCUGCCCAUCCCCAAGGGCACGGCUAAUAUCUGUAUUCCGAAUAACAUUGGUCCAGUUAUUCGGCCGAAUGUCUCAUCCCUAGGUGUCGCUAACCGAAAAGAAGUAGCUCCUCAAGUUGCAUUGUCCACUGCCCCUUCUGUCCACGUUGCAAACAGCAAGCGAGAGUGUAAUUGUAAUCCCUUUGGCUCAGUCAGUGAUCGCUGUAAUGGCACAGGAUUUUGUAUAUGUAAGGAGGGCACUACAGGGCCUAAGUGUCAGGAGUGUCUUCCCGGCUAUUUGUGGGACGAUGGCUGCAAAUCCCGGGUGUGUGACAACGAGCUCCUGCGCUGCCAAAAUGGCGGGGAGUGUGUAAACAAUGUCCGCUGCAACUGUCCCUCAGCCUACACGGGCCUACAGUGUGAGAAGCCCCGCUGCGAGACGGAGCUGGGGGGCUGCGGGGGCCCCGAUUCGGGCCAGGCCCCCCUGAUGGCUCCACCGUCCCCCAGGCUGCUGCUGCUGCUGCUGCUGGGCUCGGCACUGCUGAGAGAGGCCUCCUGCUGGCCUGCCGUGCUCUGAAGAGACCCAUGACCUGGUGGGAGUGAUCAACUCCCCACCGCCUCCACCUUAACCUUCCCAUCCCCCCUUUCAAAUAAUCAAAAACCAUUAAACAAGAACAAUCAUGAGCUUUCUGGACUGUAUUGUACUGAGCUUCUCCGCCGCCAGACUCAAUGGACACUCGCGCUGACGAUAAAGGGAAUGUGCCAGGCAAAUGAGUGCAAAAACUCUUCAUUUAAUUUCAAAGAAUAUAUAGAAAUGAAAAAAAACAUAUACUUCUAUGCCAGAUAUUAUUUUAAAAAAAAGUAACUGAGCAUUUGCCUAAUAAAAGUAAAAUGAGCAAAGUCAGACCCCCCUCCCCCUCUAAGCCAUACCAGGUACUUGAGCUCCUUCUAGUUUGAGAAGGGAUAAGUGAAGAUGACAGACUCGUUCACUUCCUCUCUUAUUGCCACGGCAACAACAGCUGCGACCAAUCAGCUCUCGCACGAGCAGACAGUGGCCGACAAUCCCUCCCUGGGAUGCUUCUGCGAGUUAAUGUUGGCUGAACUGACGCUGAAGAAAACUCAAAGAAGCUGUCCCCGCUGAACGGCAAAGACUGGCCUCUGAAACAAUAACCGUUAUACUUCAGUACGAUGACAAACAAAAAGAGGAGAAAACACAGGAAGCAUUCUUUGCUGUCAGUGCUUUGUGGAUAGAAGGAAAUCUGUCCGGACUACCACUUUGUGACACAAAAACCUUGCCCAUGUCGAUCCCUCUCUAGCUUUUUGUCUCUCCUUUGAGCUCUAUCUCAUUCUCCCUCCUGUUCAUCCUCCCUCCCUUUCUGUCCUCCAACCCCGAAUACCCUCGCCAUGCUGCCACUGACCCUGUGCUUUCGUGAACGUUACUCUGUAAACCCUUGUUGGUUGAAAGAUUCUUUUGUCCGAUGUUAGUGAUGCACAUGUGUAAGAAGUCCCUUCCCCUCCCCUCCUUUCCUCUCUUGCAAAAAGAUACUCCGAUUAAGCUGUCUGAUUCUUUUUUCUAUCUUAGAGCCACCUUGCUCCCUAUGAUCAUGGACAGAGGGUAGUUUUCACCUGAGCAGACGAGAAGUGCAUAGAAAACCAUCGGUGUAUUUGCAAGUUCUUUUCUCGACAGAGCAAACAAAAAAAGAGUCAUGUAGUCCUUUUGUAUCUUUGCCGAACUGUGAUUGAAAAAAGGCAACCUUUAAUGUAUCUAUUUAAGACAUCCAAAUGCAGAAGCAACUGUUUUUACCGUUUUCUUUCCUUUUGAUUUCUAUUUCUUUCAAUCACUUAUUUGUUGAUUACUUUUAGUUGUGCAGUUGAUUUUCCUUUGUAUUGGCAACGUGCUGGCAUCAAAGAAUAUCAGUUUACAUAUACAGUAUUAAUAAAGUGUAAUAAAAUCCCACCAAAGGACAUUAUAAAUGUUUUGUUCUUGCUUUAACACUUGAGAAUUUAAGUGAAUAAAAGUUUAAAAAUG